CGACCUCAUCUCGACAGUCCAUCUCGCCUACUAACAGAGCAGUCACCAUGGUAUGGCCCGCCGACGCCCGCAGCACCGCACUCGAAUGCUAAUUGUCAUGGCAGUCCGACUCCAAGGCCUCCAACCCCAUGCGCGAGCUUCGCAUCCAGAAGCUCGUCCUCAACAUCUCCGUCGGCGAGUCUGGUGACAGGCUUACUCGUGCCGCCAAGGUGCUCGAGCAGCUGUCUGGUCAGACACCCGUCUACUCCAAGGCCCGCUACACCGUCCGUACCUUCGGUAUCCGCCGUAACGAGAAGAUCGCUGUCCACGUCACCGUCCGCGGCCCCAAGGCCGAGGAGAUCCUCGAGCGCGGCCUCAAGGUCAAGGAGUACGAGCUCCGCAAGCGCAACUUCUCCGAGUCCGGCAACUUCGGUUUCGGUAUCUCCGAGCACAUCGACUUGGGCAUCAAGUACGACCCCAGCAUUGGUAUCUACGGCAUGGACUUCUACGUCUGCAUGACCCGCCCCGGUGAGCGCGUCGCCAAGCGCAGGCGUUGCCAGAGCAAGAUCGGCGCCUCGCACAAGGUCAACCAGGCCGAGACCGUCAAGUGGUACAAGAACCGCUUCGAGGGCAUUGUCCGAUAAGCGUGGUACGAGUAGAGCGAAGAGGGAACGAAAUGAAGAUUCUGAACGAUUCACCAGCAUAUUCCGUCUCGGAGGGUUUGGUCCUGCGGAGUCCCGGAGUGUACUUAAAAGAGCAAGCAUUGAACUUGCAAGUUCAGGCCUAUCAAUGGAGCUGACCCGUCUCCAACGAGCGGGUCUUCGAUCACAUUACAAUGGAGGCUUCACUUGGGUGAUGUUCCGCUCAACCAUUGGUGAUCAUUCUCGAUGUGCUUGUCUGCUGCAUUUGCUGUGUUUGUCUCGG